GGUUAAUAAUAUGUUAUCUUCCAUGGCAACAUAUUUUAUAACAUUAUAUAUUGUAUGUUACGGACUGUUAUCAUCCGUUAACAGUUAGUUAGUUGUCAGUACUCAGUAACGGUUCGUGCCGUGAGGGUCUUUCGAAUAUAUAACGUUUUAAAAGAAUAUACAAGUGUUAAUAACGGAUUAAUUCGUGUUGUUUAUAUCAUUGUACUAAAUAUAUUACAAUACCUAUGUAUAAAACAUAAUGUAUGAAUGUAUGAUUAAUAUCUGACAUCUAUGAUGGUCAGCACAAUCUUAAAUAUUUUAAAUCGGGUAGUCUAAGUUUUACAUAGAUAUUAUUAAAUAAUAAACAGGUACUACAUCAUCUAUAAGCCUUGGGGUAGUAGCACGGCUGAAGUUACUCUGAAAGUCUGAAAAAAAUAGUAAUCUAUAGCCGUGGUGGUAGUGUAUGCUAUACGUCUAUAUAGAGUAAUAUUACUCUAUGACCUAUGUGGUGGCUGGCAGCCAGGGUUAUCUGUAACCUGAUUGCACGAACGAUAAACUCAUUGAUAAUUCGACCUGAUAACAGUACAUUUAAUAUUUCUAUGUUGAUUUUCGGAUACUUAGUUGUUUUUAUUAAUGUAUAAUUAUGUUAUAUUUCAGUUACAAUAAUAUAAAUGAUUAAUAGAAUAGAAUAACGACAAACCGUCUACAGCGACCGUAAUUAACUGUAACAGUGCAACUGUUCACUGUUUUACUGGACAGAAAUUCGUUCCGUUUCGUAUUAGUAUUAGGUAUCUCGGUUUUCAUGUUUAAAAUGUAGAUAACAACUAUAAAUGCAAUAAGCAUCGUGAUAUUAAUAUAAUAUUCUGAUAGCGUUUAUUGGGACCGGAGAUCGUUUUUUUGAUUAAAUUUAUUUACUUUUUACAGCUUUGUUGGGCUCACGCACUUUUUUCAUCGUCCUCACAAACAGAAGUAUUAUUAAAUACUUGUUUCUCUUUCUGAUUUUAUUUUUGCGCUACAGUUUCGAUUUUCGCGAAUCGCAUUGUCUCCGUGGUGUCAAUUGGUCAAUGUAAAAUGGAAAGCGGGCAGAAAACGAAGAGAAAAAAAAACAACGUUUGAUUCCCAGGUAAGACCUUGAUAACAAUGGUGGACAUAUAACAAGGAUUUAUAUACGAAAGGUCCAUAUUCUUCCAUUUGUACACGGGUCUAAUAUGUUUGGUGUAAUCAAACUUGUCUUGUAAUGGAACGACUGCAAACAUGGUUUGUCCGUGAGGACAAACUGAGCCUGCCUCUUUGGAGAACUAUAUCAACAAAAUGUUAUAUGGCAUUCGGCGCUCUCAGUGCUGGAGCAACAGUCAUCACAUUUUUUUUGAUAUACUGGUUCUGUGGUGGAUUAGUGGCACUAUCUUUUUUGCUAAUGAGUAUUGUUGGUUUUAUUUACCAUUCGGAAGACUACUUAUUAUAUUAUCCAGACCUGCCUGAUCACUCUCGUAUUUUUGUAUCACAGCCAUCAAUGUAUGGUUUGCCAUAUGAAAACAUAUUUAUCAAAAGUUUAGAUGGUACACGGUUACACUUAUUCUUGAUAAAACAACCAGGAGAUUUUUCUAAGAUGGUACCAACCAUUUUAUUUUUGCAUGGAAAUGCAGGAAACAUGGGUCACAGGUUAACGAAUGUAGUGGGCUUUUAUAAUGAGCUGAGAUGCAACAUAGUAAUGCUAGAAUAUCGUGGGUAUGGGUUGUCACAUGGAUCACCUUCAGAAAGGGGUUUUUAUAUGGAUGCAAGUGCAGCAAUUGAUUUUAUUUUAACUCGUAAUGAUUUAAAUCUUGGUCGAAUCAUAGUAUUUGGACGUUCAUUAGGUGGUGCGGUUGCCAUUGAUUUAGCUGCUCGAUUAGAAUAUGCCCAAAAAAUUUGGUGUGUAAUUGUUGAGAAUACGUUUACAUGUAUACCAGAUAUGGCAACGGAACUUAUGUCUUCUGAACUUUUGAAAUACAUCCCUUUAUUUUUGUAUAAAAAUAAGUAUAUGUCCAAUUGGAAAAUGGGCAAACUACAAGUACCAAUAUUAUUUGUUUCUGGUGAAGAAGAUACAUUAGUUCCUCCAUCAAUGAUGACCAACUUAUUUGAUGCUUAUUGUGGCCCUUUAAAACAGAUUGUCAGGUUUAGAAGAGGUUCGCAUAAUACCACAUGGAAUUGUCCUGGUUAUUACAAGAAGAUAAGAAAAUUUUUAAAGAUCACAGCCAAACACAGGCCGUCUGCUGAAGAUCUCCAUUGUGUCAUCAAAAUUGUUUGACAUUGAUUGUAUUAGUUCCUAAACAUGAUUAAAAACAAAAACAAUGGUAUAGUUAAUAUGGAAGAGUAGAUUAUUGAAAAAAAUAGUAUUAAAUAAUUUUUUCAAUAUUAAUUUUUAUAUUAAUGCACAUAAUUUUUAAAAAUAUCU